UUCCACCACUUUCUGGGCCGGGGCCAGGGUGAUCUUUUGAGAGAGAGGGAGGGAGGGAGGGAGGGGGAGAGAAGUGUCGUUCCAACAUCCAAGGCAAAAAGGGGAAGUUAUCUGGUGAAAAGUAGAGAGAGGGUUAAAACUUAACAGAAGAGCAGGAAUCAGAGAGUUGGGUAGAUGGAGGAAGCCAAGGUAGGGAAGUCAUCAAGGUUUAAGAGGGUGUGCGUUUUCUGUGGCAGCAGCACCGGGAAGAGGGACUGCUACCAAGACGCAGCCGUGGAACUUGGCAAAGAGCUGGUGGCGAGGAAGGUGGAUUUGGUUUAUGGAGGUGGGAGCAUUGGCCUGAUGGGCCUCGUCUCUGGAGCCGUCCACAGUGGAGGCGGCCGUGUUAUUGGGAUUAUUCCGACGACUCUAAUGGACAAAGAGAUAACUGGGGAGACGGUGGGAGAGGUUAAAGCAGUUGCAAGCAUGCAUCAGAGGAAGGCGGAGAUGGCUCGACACUCCGACGCGUUCAUUGCCUUACCUGGUGGGUACGGCACGCUGGAGGAGCUGCUGGAGGUGAUAACUUGGGCCCAGCUCGGCAUCCACAAGAAACCUGUUGGUUUGCUGAAUGUGGAUGGGUAUUAUAACUCGCUGCUGGCCUUCAUAGAUAAGGCCGUGGACGACGGCUUCAUCCAGCCCUUCCAGCGCCACAUCAUAGUCUCCGCCCCCAAUGUCAAGGACCUGGUCCAAAAGCUCGAGGAAUACGUGCCCGUCCAAGACGCCGUUGUGGCAACGCUGAGGUGGGAGAAGGAGCGGUUUGGAUACAAUUCCUUCCUGCAGGCUGAUAUCGCCAGGUAGCAGCAGCAUCAGCAGCUUCCUGGCAGAAUUAAGGGGGAGCUCAAAAAAAAAAAAAAAAAAAGGAAAAAAGAAAAGAAACGAAAAGGGACCUUUUGGGUUGGUUUUUUUCUUUAGUUAUCUUGUCCCUAGGCUUGGGAUGGUAGCCUAGUAGUAGUUGUAAUACUAAUUACUAGCUACUAAUUGUGUAUACAUCUCCUUAUCCGUAUUCCCUUUUGUCUCUCAUUUUGAUCAGAUGAUUGAAAGUGUAUAUGUACUGUACUAGCACUUCUACUGGCUGUGCCACAAAGUCAGAAAAAACAGGCAGCUCUUUACUCGUU